AUGUCAGAGCUCGGCGGGACUUUGCCCGACAGCUCCCUGCAAGUACGAGCACUCACCCGAAUCUCUAGAGCAGUGCUCCAGCAGAAUCCGGAGGUAGCGUUCCGAGUGAAUUUGGCCAGGGCUGAGCUUCAGAUCGAUCUUACGCCUGACAAUGAGAAGGCUGCUGAUUGCAAGGCUGGGGCCAAGUCAGAUGACGGUAAGGGAAAGGGGAAGGGAGGUAAGGCACCGAACAAUUCAAAGGGGCCAUCCACUGCAGUUCCAUCUCCUCCCCCGCCUCCAUCGUCUGCGGCUAACAACCAGCAACAGAUCAAAAGCCUCCUAGCAGAUGCCGCGCGAAUCCUGCAAGAAGCCAUGCCUCCUGCACAAGGCCCCGCGCCUGACACAGUGCAUACCACUGCCUCAAUGCCGAUUCCUGCGCAGCCCAAUGCCAACCCGCCUAAGGCGGCUCCUUCAGUGCCUGUUCAAGGCACUCCGGUGACCCUAGCAUCCUUGAGUGCCCAGCUGGACACCUUGAGAGCAAUGUCACAGGACCCGCAGAUCAAGGUGAUUGCAACUUCUAUGAGCUCGGAGAGCUUAGCAGGUGAAAGGGCCAGCAGUGUGACAGCAGUUACCUUGAGGGCUCAGUUGGAUUCCUUGAGAAGGGCGGUUGAGAUCUUUGGGGCAAAGGUUUGUGAUGAAGGGGAUCGCAGCUUGGGGAGUGGUACGGCCUUAUUGGAAAGUGGGGCUACACAUGCGGUUAUCGCUUUCCACGAUCGGUUGCGAGACUUGGAGAGGGUUCCAGUAACCCUUGCUGGUGAUGAGAAACAGGAAUGGCUGAGAACGCAGGGCGGCACAUUGGUUGUCCCACCCAACGCCGUAAAGAGGAUUGUGGCACAAGGUAUGAUGUUAUGGUCCCUCGCCUCAGUGUCUCGAGAAAGGGGCAUAGUCUACGUUGCCGAGCACCCGGCCACCUUUGGUGAUGCAGGUUCGGAGUUUCAGGCUUGGUCGGGUACUAAGACUGUGAGUUUCAGUCAGGGAGCCCUCGGAGAUGACUACCUUCGGCCCACCUCCUUGAUUACCAACCUUGAUCUGAAGUACUUGGGUGAACUGGAGCCUCGUGGGAACUCCGACACUCCCCCGGGGGGAAGGAUGUGGACGCUCCCUCUCCGUGCAGUGAUGGCUCGCGCUCUUUCCGGUGAAUACCUAGGACCAUCCUGUGAGUCCCUCGAUCAGGAAAUCACAUGCCACUUGAAGGGGUCGACCUUCUCUGCCCACAGUGAGCCGCCGAACUCGGCGCUGGCUACAAUCGGUGACUCAGAUGUGCCCGCUUGCCUUGAUGAGGUGAACACCGCUGAUGAUGAUAAGGAGCCAUUUCUGAUGAGGAAGUGUGUGUGCAAGGAGUUGCUGAGGCUGAAUCUGCCUGUGCUGCACCGGCCGAAGCCGAAAGGUGGCGCCAACAUCUGCUCAACGGGCGAAUCCGCCAUCCACGUUGGAAGGGAUGAGGGAUGCAUCACGGGCAAGUCGAUCCUGCGUUACGGAGACUUGUUUGAGAAUGGGCAUCGCAGUGCACCCAAUGUCCAAGAUGAACUGGCCGAGUACGAGCCCUCUGACCCUGGAGGGGAGCUCUUUGGCCCAAGCCCUGAUGCUGGUGUUCAGCCACCACUACAGUCGAGCGAAGCUGUGGGAGUCCAGGCUCUAGCGACCGAUCUUUCGGAGGGAUCAAUCUUGAUUCCAGAUGAUCUGCCUGAUGAUAGUGAGGAGUUGAAGCGCUUGAUCAAGGAACUCAGCGACCCGGUCGACCAGGUCGUCCUACGGUACUUCAUUCCGUUACGCACUAAGACAGGGUCCAGCAUUCUUUGCCCACGAACUGUCGGGUGGAUUAAGUCUCGCAUCCGCACGCUGCUCAACGGUGCAGACUUGGCAGUAGGAUGGUGGCCCUUAGCGGCUCGAUGGGCAGUGGCCAAGCACAACCAAACCAUCUUAGGAGAACCGGAUCUCCCUGCCUUUGGCCAGCGUGUCUUGCAUCGAGUGAAGCGCCCAGCAGACGGUGCUAAGCAGCUGAUGGAGCGAUGGAUUGAAGCUAGGUAUGCGGAGGAGACUGAAGGAGAGCCUCUGGAUGGUUUGGUUGAUGAGUCAGGAUUCUUAAAUAGGGCUCGGGUUACCCGUGUGUGCGCCUCCACGGAUACUGCGAAGCCUACCUGGUCAGCCCUGAUGCUGACGCGAGCUGGGAAUGUAGAUGUGCGCCGUGAUUGGCGGAACGAGUGGGGAUCACUUAACUAUGCCAUGCAUGUUCCCGGCGAAGUUCAGUUGUGGGUUGAGUCGGAAGGUAAUUCAGCUUCCAAGGUUGUUACACCACCUGAUCCAACGUGGAGCCCCGAGGAGACUCGCGCCCUCACAGAGGUCCCUGUUUCCUUCAAUCCCCGUCUCCACCAUGCCGUCCGAAUGCACCAGAAUUGGCUGUUGGUGGGAUACACACCACUGGGAACUAGCACGCUAGGCGAGGAUAGUUUAACAUCCUUAGAGGCGUAUGAAUUCCCGCUCCCCACAGCGUGCGGUGAUCAGCCUGAGUAUCGGAUCCAGGCCCUUUCCUCUACUUCUGAGGACACUUCUGAGUCCAGCAUCGACUCUGAAGAGCUACGACAACAGAUUGAGGACUCAAGGUUGAGAGAAGAGCCAGUAGAAUGCGAUGAUGACUCCUGGCCGCCUACCACGCAAGGACCGCUUUCUGUUGAUCUGCAGCCAGACAUGAACUCCACCUUAAUUGGAUGGGAUUUCAGUGCCGCAAGCCCGGGGGACGUUCCCCAUGCUUCCCUUGAUGGGGUGGAGCUGUCGGAUUAUCUGUUGGCCCGAGGAGCUGAUCAGGCUUUCCGGCAGCUAAGAGCCCUUGGGAUUGAGGUUCCGAAUGAUUUGCAAUUCCUGUUUGUUGAGGACUUGGUUGAGCAUGGGAUUCCGGAGUGGCUAGCCAGCCCGUUGGAGGUGAUACACAACGUGUCGCCCACCGAAGUUCGUCAGAAUUUGGCAAAGUGGCGUCCGGCAGCCAAGGCCGAACUUGACACCUUCGAGAAGUUGAGCGUGAUACGUAAGUUUUACGGAGUCACGAAACGCUAUGCGAUGCGCCCUCCUCGCCUUUUGAUUGACCUGCAGCUGGCAAGAGAGGACGAGGCGAGAUGGAGCACAGAGUUUGGACAAGUGACUCUGGAGCAGCUUUCGUCCGAGAGCAACGAGGCGACAGCUACGGAUCCUUUGCGCUUUCUGGGAGUGGAUAUCUUUGCAGAGCUUGAUGAGGACCACCAAGUGAUUGGAUAUAGUCUGGGCCAAGAGUCAUACAUAGCGGAGCUUUUGAGGAGCCACGAUGCAAAGGAGAACUCAAGACCAACUGCUCCUCUCCCGAAGGAGUGGAUCCGCGAGGUACCUCCUGAUGAGGACUUUGCAGAGGUUGAGCUGAGAGCAGCCCAACGGAUCACCGGCGAACUGUUGUGGAUUGCACAGAGGACAAGAGUUGACAUUGCUUUCUGUGUUGGGCUCAUGGCUAGCUGGGUUGCAAAGUAUCCGAGACAAGUGUCGAAGAUCGGAGCCAGGGUUCUCGAGUUUUUGGCCAAUACAAGGUCUCACAGACUCACCUUGAUUCCUGGGAAGGCCGAUGGAUUGCGUAUCUACACGGACGCCUCGUUUGCACCACAUGGAAGCCAUUCUGUCAGUGGGAUCCUACUGCAGUAUGAUGAGUGCUGCGUUGUAUGGAAGUCAAAGAGUCUUUGGACCUUGGAUGCUUUGAUAAGCGAGCUGGAGGAGAUGCCUUGCGCUAAGCACCUUAUGAUUGACAACACGGCUGCUGUGACCUUAGCCGGUGGAGAAGGGAGCCAGAGGACCCGACACUUGAGGGUACGAUCGGCCUUUAUUCGGGAUAUGAUAGAUAGGGGUGAGAUAGAUAUUUCCCACUGUCCUGGAGACAUCCAGCUCGGAGACUGUUUGACAAAGGCCCUCCUCAAAUCCCGGUUAGAUGACCUCUGUAAGCUUAUUGGUUAA